AAAAGCCAUGGAUGACACAAGGAAAUAUCGAGGCUUCAACAUUGACCUCGCUCAUAUAAAAUCGGCCCUGAAGGCUCAUCACUCCCUCUAAAACUAUGACCACUGAAUACCCCGUGCCUUGGGAGGCCCGUGCCGCGAAGAAGCGGGAAGACACUCUCGCAAAGAUUCCGGCAGAAUGGCGACUAAGUCCUGCCGACCUCGAACUUGCGGCCAAGCAGCGUGAUCUUACGGGUCCUUUCAUCGAGCGUUUUCUGGAGCCUGAGGUAAUCGAUAUCGUCAAAACGGACAGUGUCCCUCUGGUCAACGACAUAAGGGCUGGCAAGCGCUCGGCGGUAGAGGUCACGAAGGCGUUUUGCAAGACGGCGGCUAUUGCUCACCAGAUUAACAACUGUCUCCUCGAAAUCUUCUUCGACAUCGCCAUCAAGAGAGCAGAGGAACUCGAUGAGUAUCUCCGGGUAAACGGCAAGCCUGUCGGUUCUCUUCACGGCUUACCCAUCAGCUUGAAGGACCAAUUUCACGUCAAAGGCGUCGACACCACCAUGGGCUACGUUGGCUGGAUAGGAGGCAACAUGGGCAUCACCGACCCUACCAAGACACAUCAAGUCGAAAGCCAAAUCACCAAAGAGCUGCUAGCUUGCGGCGCCGUACUUUUCUGUAAGACCAGCGUCCCGCAAACUCUUCUCAUCGGCGACACCUACAACAACAUCAUCGGCCGCACGCUCAACCCUCACAACAACAACCUCUCCUGCGGCGGAUCAUCAGGAGGCGAAGCGGCGCUUAUGGCCCUGCGCGGGAGCACACUCGGCGUAGGCACCGACAUUGGCGGAUCGGUUAGGAUCCCGGCCGCGUUCUGCGGUAUCUUCUCCCUCAAACCGACUCCCGAGCGCCUGUCGUAUCGAGAUGCUGCGAACACGAACCCGGGGCAGAACACUUACCGCUCCACGCUGGGGUUUAUCAGUACCUCUCUUGACGGAUGCGAGCUUGCUCUUAAGUCUGUCUUGUCCACACGGCCAUGGUUGCAGGAUCCGGCCGUGGUGCCUAUUCCUUACCGACAGGACGUUUUCGAUGAUGUCUUGUCUCGUGCGGACACAAGGGGCAGGGCGAAGGCAGACCACCGACCGCUGAAGCUGGGUAUCCUGUGGAACGACGGCAUUGUCGAGCCUCACCCGCCUAUUCGCAGGGGAAUGGCAAUGGUCGCUGAGGCAGUGAAGAAGGCCGGACACAAGCUCGUGGACUGGAACCCGCCCUCCCACGCAACUGCUCUUAAGAUCCACGUAAGUUUUCCACCCAAACGCAGAACCUGUUCCCCUCCUCCCAAGCCCGCCCGCCGUCACCGUCACCGUCACUAACAACACACACACACAUGCUGCAGCACUCCUUCCUCCUAGCCGACGGCGCUCGCGAUGUCCACGACCACCUCCUCCUCUCCGGCGAGCCCCUGAUCGCCGACCUCCAAGCGUACUUCAACCUCCGAGACCCCAUCCCGCUACUCGAGUACCAGGCCUUGACCGUCCAAGGACUUGCGUGCGAGCAGGCCUAUUCGGAUUACUGGAACUCCAUGUCGGGAGGAGAUGACGGACAGGAAGUCGACGCCGUCAUCAUGCCCGUCGCGCCGCACGCCGCCGUGAUUCCGGGAAAGUAUAAUCACCUUGCUUAUACCGAGGUUGUUAACUUGCUGAAUUAUAGCGCGGCGGUGAUUCCGGUUACGAAGGCUGAUAGGGGGGUGGAUGGGGCUGAUGAGAUGUAUACGCCGGUGAAUGAGGUUGAUAGGGCGAAUUGGGAGUCUUAUGACCCGGAAAUCUACCAUGGUGCGCCGGUGGGGGUGCAGAUUGUUGCGAGGAAGUUUGAGGAGGAGAAGGUAUUGGGUAUUGCGAAGGUGGUGCAUGCCGCGCUUUUGAAUGCCCAGUCUGCUUGAGGUUGCUGAGGAGGUGCUGGACUGCCGUCUUGGUCAUCGGAGCCGGCGGCAUCGAUAGUCGUGGUUUGGCGAGAUCUUGAAGGAGAGCCAACAGGGUGG